AUGUUCUUCAAAGAUCUUUCUUUGAAAAGAGUCCCUUCUUUUAUAGAUCGCUAUGAACCAGAAUAUUCGUUUCCAAAUUGUUCUAAAAUCAAUUACGGAGAAAGAAUCAUUAAGGUUGAUCCAUUAGGAGAAAAAUGUAUUGCUGGAACAUUUUUCAUUGCAAGUGAUAAUACGGAAUAUGAAGUUACUGCUAAAUAUCUUAAAGACAAUGAAAACACUACACAAACAGUAAAAAAUCCGUUGGCUAUAUCAUCCAAUGAAACACUUGUUCAUUCAUUAAUUAAAUGUUUAGAUAAGACGAAAGGAUGUAAAUUACAUGUUGUGAGAGUUUCUCCAUCAGAAUUUUUUUAUCAAGAAGGAAAUGUAACCCAGUAUUUAGAUCCGAAUAGAACUAAACAAAUAUCAUAUACAUAUGAUCAUCAAUAUAAAACAAUGAGCUACUUUUCAACUGAAUCUUCAGGAUCUAAGAAAGUAUAUCUAAAAUCGCAUUCAAAAUUUAGCAAAUCUCAUUACAGUUAUUCUUACGAAAAUGUAAAAAUUGUAAACGCUGACAAUUCUGUGAAGAAAAUAACAAAUACAACAACUAAUGUAAAUAUGUCAAUAAUAUUUCAUACCGCAAAUGGUCGAACUCGAUUAAAUGCGACAUAUUUUGAUGCACAACUAUAUAAUGAUGAUGAAUUUCCAGACAUACGUGAUGCACGUGAGGUUGGAAAAGAAGCUGGAAGAGAAUCAGAAGGAGAGAUCACAUUUAAAUUUGAAAAAAUUGGAGAUCCUCCAGAGGGUGAAGAAAUGUUGUUCGAAAAAGAAAAAUUGUAUUUGUUUAACCCUGAGAACAAGAUAAAAACGAAGAAAGAAGUUGAGAAAGAUACACAAAAAUACGACAACCCAGGAUUGAAGGGAUAUCAAAUUGCUCUCAUCGUAAUCGCAGUUGUUGUUGUCAUCGUGAUUAUUGUCGUUGUUGUCAUUCUAUUAUUGAAGAAAGGCAAAGAAUCUCCUAAAUCAAACUCAGGAUCAGGCUCUGGCGAAAAUGCAUAA